AUGGAAAGGAUGGGAGGAAUGGGAGGUGGCAGUGCUAUGCGGAAGGGUUCAGACAGGGAAGGCGAGGGGCGGGCGGGGCAGGCAGCUUGGCAGGCGGGGCAGGCGGGAUUUACAAAGACAGAGGGAGUUCACGAGGGCGAGGAGGAGGAGAGCGCAGGGUACAAUGCAGCAGAGGCUUUGGAGAGUGUGUGGUGGGCAGUGCAGCAUGUGCCAGAGGGCAGUGCACGUGAGCUCAGGAUACUGCACAUGGCUCGAAUCUACUGCUAUGCUGUUGCUGGCCGAGUGGAAGAGGCUGAAAAGGCCUUCGCAGCCAUGGAGCAAGCAGGUCACUUACCAACAACAGCAGCGUACAACUGCCUACUCCUCGCAUACACCCGCUCCCACCGCAUGCACCACGCACUCUCCCUCCUCUCCACCAUGCGCGCCUCGCACAUGCUCCCUGACGCCACCACCUACCACCACCUCAUUACCGGAGCACUCAAUAACGAGGAUACAGAUGGUGCUGUGAGUCUGCUGCUGCAGGCAGCAGCAGCGGCAGCAGCGGGGCAUCCGUGGUCGUGGACGAGAGGAAGUGCAAGCCCCCGAGUUGAUGCUCCAAACCCAGUGGUGGAUGCGCUAGGGGAAGGCUGCGGGAUGGUGGAGAGGUUGGCAGAGGCAGGGGAGAUGGAGAGGGUGGAAAGAGUGGUGAGUGAGGUGGGCAGAGGCAUGUAUGCUAUGGAUGCAGGGAUGUACAAUCUGGUGCUUAGGGCUGUGUUGCGCGGAGCCAGGCGGAGGAAAGAGGGCAAGGGAGUGGGAGAGGCCGGGCAUGAAGGGCGCGGGGUGGAGGGAGGAGAGGAUAAGGGGAAUGAGGCGGUGGAAGAGGAAGAUUCGAAGCGAGAUGGAGAUGAUGGGGGUGAUUCCUGUGGUAAUAGUGGAGGUGGUGGCGUGACGGAGCAUGUUGGGGUGGAGGACGAUGGGUAUGAGCGGCGAGUGGAGGAGGGGGCACGACGAGUGUUAAGAUUGUUGCAAGCGUCGAAAAUACGGCCGAACGUGCAAACACGAAUCGUUUUGGAAAGUGCUGGGUUAGUGAGACUGCUUGAAGAGGAGGGGCUUUCUGGCACGGUGCCACAAUGA